AGAGGUCGCGGGUGUCCCCCGGUGUCCCCCGGGAUGAGCCAGCGCCACAGCCACCGCCGCGGCCCCCGCGCCGACAUGGUGCCCGAGAUCGCCGCCGCCGUGGGCUUCGUGUCCGGCCUGCUGCGGACGCGGGGCUGCGUCAGCGAGCAGCAGCUGCAGGUGUUCAGCGGGGCGCUGCGGGAGGCGCUCACAGAGCACUACAGACACCACUGGUUCCCCGACAAACCCUCCAAAGGCUCCGGCUACCGCUGCCUGCGCAUCAACCGCCGCAUGGACCCGCUGAUCGUGCGCGCGGCCGGGCGCGUGGGACUGAGCCUGGAGCGGCUGCUGCAGCUGCUGCCGCGCGAGCUGACGCUCUGGGUGGAUCCCUACGAGGUCUCCUAUCGCAUCGGCGACGACGGCUCCAUCUGCGUCCUCUACGAAGCGCCCGGUUCGUACAGAGGGAUGCUCAGCUGUAAGAACCAGAUGAUGUUAGGGCGGAGCAGCCCGUCGAAAAGUUACAUCAUGACUGUUUCCAGCUAAAAAAAAAAAAAUUUUCUCUCUCUCCCCACUCCACCACGACAAAAAAAACACGACAAAACGGAUAAAAAAAAUUUCUCCUCCUCGUCCUUACGCUGCCGAGACACAGGCUACUGUAAUACCUCAAGCUGAGGAUUUAUUUUUAAGAUGAAGAGCUAUUUAUAUUUUUUAAAAAAGA